AUGUACGCAUAUGUUACCAUCCCAAAGGAAGAUAUCUUCAUCACAGGCAACCGAAAUAGAUUAGCCGAAAAAUCUGGAAUCCGUCUUAAUGCUGCAUUUAAGCUCAUGGGUAAUGAAGUUGGUGGAAGGGAGUCGCUUGGGUUUACAAAACUUGACCAAAAAAAAUUAUUUGAGAACGAAGAGGCAAAACAGUUUAGCAUAUGGGGAGGCAGGGAAACUGUGGUAUUUGGUGCAGCUUUGAUGUAUGAUGAGACGCCGAUUUCUUUCGUAUGGCUUUUUAGAAGAUUCUUGGAGGCAAUGUCAAGUAAGGCUCCAAAAACAAUUUUUACGGAUCAGGAUGCUGCAAUGGCUAAGGCCAUACCUAUUGUCAUGCCUAACACAACCCACCGCCUUUGCACUUGGUAUUUGAUGCAAAAUGCAUUAAGGCAUGCAAAUUCUAUCUUCAAGGAUAAGUCGAUGAAGGAUAAGGGGAUGAAGAGUGUUUUAUACACGUUUAUGUACGACAUUGAGGAUGAGGAAGAGUUUAUGUUAAAAUGGGAGGAAAUGCUUGACAAGUAUGAAGUAACAGAUAAUCAUUGGUUGAAGUUAACAUUUGGGGUCAAGGAAAAAUGGGGUUGGCCAUAUGUUAGAAAUGCAUGGGGUGCGGGCAUGAGUAGCACCCAACUUAGUGAAUCCUUUAAUGCUUUCUUGAAGGAUUUCAUUCAGUCUGAUCAUAACUUAAUGCAAUUUUUCACACAUUUUGAUCAAGUUCUAUCUGAGAAAAGGUACAAGGAGUUACAAGCCGAAUAUGCUCUAUGCCAAAAGUUGCCCAGGGUGAAUAUUAAAGUGAAGAUUAUGGAGCAAGCUGCAGAUGUUUACACAAAUAAAAUUUUUGAAGAAUUUCAGGAUGAGUAUGUCAAGUCCCUUGAAGUCAACAUUGAAGAAAUUGAAAAUGAUGGUGAGAGUACCAUUUACACAGUUCUUGAUAGUGAUGGUAUAAAGGUGAGGAAGGUGAGGCAGGGGUGUGAUGAUUCGGUCACUUGCAAUUGUAGGAAGUUUGAAAUGAAGGGCAUUUUGUGUAGUCAUUGUUUGAAGAUCCUUAGAGAAAGACUGAAAUUGAAAGAGAUUCCUUCACAGUAUAUUCUGAAGAUAUGGACUAAAAAAGCAAGAUCUGAAAAUGUGAAAGAUAGGUGUGGGCAUGAUAUUCAGGUUGAUGUAAGAUUGCAUCAAACUUCACGUUAUAGGUCAUUGAUGGCAAUAUUCAGAUCAGUAGCGUGUAUAGUUUCUGAAAGUGAGGAAACAUAUAAUUUGACGGUCGAGAAAGCGGAUGAAUUAAUUGCAGGCAUUGAAACCAUGUUAAGCGCAAAAUUCAAUAUGCCUUGUUCAGAUACUAUUCAACAAGAAAGCCCCCCCCAACACAAGCCCCGAAAGCUUUGA